AUGCACAUUGGACGUCAAAAUGGCGCAUCUCCUAGAAUCAAUCGCAGCCAAGACGACCUACCCCAGACAUCUGAGGAGCCCCACGUUUCGGACUAUGAUGAAGUCGUGUAUAUUCACCAGGCGGUGGUGAAUAUGCCCUGGGCCGAGGCCACCGGCGGCGUGACGAGAACAUCGAUGACGAAUCGGCCAACACCCAUUACCAACACCCAUUAUCUGGGCGCCAUCACAUUUACGGCAUUCCCCCUCUGGGGAAUCACCCUCUGUAAGACGAUCCAAGUGAACUCGGGGUCCUCAUGGUCGUCAUUCCGACUCCAACGACUAACUUCCGAGUUCGGGUCAACCAUGCUUGCGGAUACAUGUUCACGCGGGGAGAUGGCGAGCAAUCUAUGCGGCUCUCCUUUGGGCAUCCGACAGCGUCAUCCACCCUCCACUGCCGAAUGGAGAAUAGGCGUGAAGAUGAGAGUCGAGGCCGAUGUGCGCCUCGCGACGUCCAGGAGUUACAGCUCAGUCAGGGGGCUGCAUGAGACAGAGACAGAGAGUGACUUGUCGCAGAUCAACCAGAUGGCGGAGGAACUCAACGCACAGAGUCCCCACAAGUCACUGCUCAUGGACAGAACCACGCCGCGAAAGAAGGCCAUGUCCCCCUAUGUACACAACAACUUCUCCGACGAGCAAGCAAGCAGCCAGCGCAACAAGUUGGUCUCGUUUUCGAGUCCCCAAGAUCGAGACUGCGAACCAACAAGCACACUUGGAUCACCGAAGGCGAAGUCGGCGCAGCGCCUGAACACUUCAGCACCUUAG